GUUCACAGCCUCCCCGCUGCACCACCACGCCAACCCCCUCUCCCUCCCCGGCCCGCACCCAAAACUGCUCCGCGCAAAUGGACAGAGCUCCGGUGUGAUCCCACCACCCGCACGCCCCGCCUCCACUCCCCGCCCCGGCCGCCGCAAUGGCCGCCUUCGCUCCCGCGCUGCUGCUCCUCCUCCUCGCGGCGGCCGCGGCGACGGCGACGACCACGACCGCGCUCACCGACGACGUGCUCGCGCUGGUGGUCUUCAAGACCGGCGUGGCCGACCCGCUGGGCCGCCUCGCCCGGUGGACCGAGGACGACGACCGCCCCUGCUUCUGGCCGGGCGUCGGCUGCGACGCGCGCGCGGGCCGCGUCACCUCGCUCUCCCUCCCCGCCGCGUCGCUCUCGGGCCGCCUCCCCCGCGCGCUCCUCCGCCUCGACGCGCUCCUCUCCCUCUCCCUCCCCCGCAACAACCUCUCGGGCCCCGUGCUCCCCGGCCUCCUCGCCUCCCUCCCCCGCCUCCGCUCCCUCGACCUCGCCUCCAACCGCCUCGCCGCCACCGUCCCCGCCGACCUCUUCGCCCAAUGCCGCGACAUCCGCACCAUCUCCCUCGCCCACAACGAGCUCUCGGGCUACAUCCCGCCCGCGGUCGCCUCCUGCUCCUCGCUCCUCUCCCUCAACCUCUCCUCCAACCGCCUCGCUGGCCCGAUACCCGAUGGUAUCUGGUCGCUGCCUUCGCUCCGGUCUCUGGACCUCUCCGGGAAUUCGCUGUCGGGGAGUGUUCCUGGUGGGUUCCCCCGGAGCAGCUCGCUGCGGGCGCUGGAUUUGAGCCGUAACCUUUUCGCCGGGGAAAUACCGGCUGAUGUCGGAGAGGCGGCGCUUCUUAAAUCGCUGGAUCUCGGGCGUAACUUCUUCACCGGCGGCUUACCGGAUUCUCUCCGGAGGCUGACCGCGCUGCGGUUCCUUGGCGCCGGCAGCAAUGCGCUAGCUGGCGAGGUGCCGGCGUGGAUCGGGGAGAUGUGGUCCCUGGAGCGGCUUGACCUGUCGGGCAAUCGCUUCGCCGGCGUCAUCCCCGACGACAUCGCGAAAUGUAAGAACCUGUUGGAGGCCGAUCUCAGCCGGAACGCGCUCACUGGAGAGCUCCCCUGGUGGGUGUUCGGCCUGCCACUGCAGCGCGUCUCGGUCGCCGGCAACAAGCUCGACGGGUGGGUCAAGGUCCCCGGAGAUGCCGCGUUGGCGUUGCAUGUGCUGGACCUGUCGAGCAACGCGUUCUCCGGCGGGAUCCCGCCGCAGAUUACUGCCUUCGCGGGGUUGCAGUUUCUGAACCUGUCCUCGAAUUCCAUAUCGGGGCAGCUGCCUGCUGGCAUUGGUGGGAUGCGACUGCUGGAAGUGCUCGACGUCAGCGCUAACACGCUAACCGGAAGCGUGCCACCGGAGAUUGGUGGCGCGGUGGCGCUCCGGGUGCUGAGGAUGGGGGACAAUUCUCUCACCGGCCGCAUCCCGGCACAGAUUGGGAGCUGCAGUUCCCUCGUUGCACUGGAUUUGUCGCACAACGACAUCACGGGACCGAUUCCAAGCACCCUCGGGAACCUGACCAGUCUUCAGGCUGUUGAUCUCUCCCAGAACAAGCUGAAUGGGACCCUGCCAGUGGAGCUUUCUAAUCUGCCCAGCUUGCACAUCUUUGACGUCUCCCACAACCUGCUAUCAGGAAAUCUCCCGAACAGCCGUUUCUUCGACAAUAUCCCCGACUACUUCCUAUCAGACAAUUCGGGCCUAUGCAGCUCCAGGAAGAACAAUUCCUGCGGUGCUGUCAUGCCAAAGCCGAUUGUACUCAACCCCAAUUCCUCAUCAAACCCCUUGUCACAAUCCACACCAAGUUCCCCUAGCAGCAAGCACCACAAGAAAAUCAUACUGAGCGUCUCCACCCUCAUUGCCAUUGCGGGUGGUGCUGCCAUUGCCAUCGGAGUGAUCACUGUAACUGUGCUCAAUCGUCGUGUCCGUGCAGCCGCCUCCCACCCAAAGCCUGCUAUUGCACUAUCUGAUGAUUACCUUAGCCAAUCCCCGGAGAAUGAUGCUAGCUCUGGGAAGCUUGUCAUGUUUGGUAAAGGCAGCCCAGAGUUCAGCACUGGUGGACAUGCCUUGUUGAACAAGGACUGUGAGCUUGGGCGAGGAGGCUUUGGUGCAGUCUACAAGACGGUGCUCAGAGACGGACAGCCGGUGGCCAUCAAGAAGCUCACCGUGUCUAGCUUGGUGAAGUCUAAGGAUGACUUUGAGCGACAAGUGAAGGUGCUUAGCAAGAUGCGGCACCACAACAUUGUCACACUGAGAGGCUUUUACUGGACUUCAUCGCUGCAGCUGCUCAUCUAUGAUUACCUCCCAGGAGGAAAUCUGCACAAGCACCUCCAUGAGUGCACUGAGGAGAACACUCUUUCCUGGAUGGAGAGGUUUGACAUUAUCAUCGGUGUUGCCAGGGGACUGAUGCACCUCCACCAGCAUGGCGUCGUCCAUUACAAUCUCAAGUCAAGCAAUGUGCUGCUGGACAGCAAUGGUGAGCCCAGGGUCGGUGACUAUGGCCUUGCAAGCCUACUCCCGAUGUUAGACCGGUAUGUGCUGAGCAGUAAGAUCCAGAGUGCACUUGGAUAUAUGGCGCCAGAAUUCGCAUGCAAGACGGUGAAGAUCACCGAGAAGUGCGACGUCUACGGCUUUGGGGUGCUUGCACUGGAAAUCUUGACGGGCAGGAGGCCCGUUGAGUACUUGGAAGAUGACGUGGUCGUGCUAUGUGACUUGGUGAGAAGCGCGCUGGAGGAAGGCAGGCUGGAGGACUGCAUGGAUCCGCGACUGUGCGGCGAGUUCGCGAUGGAGGAGGCCAUUCCGAUCAUCAAGCUGGGCCUCGUUUGCACAUCGCAGGUGCCGUCGAACCGGCCGGACAUGGGCGAGGUGUUGAGUAUACUUGAUGUGGUGAGGAGCCCUCAGGACAGUCCAGGGGAUGAGAUGGUAUAAGCAAGGUCUCUUUUGAAACUCUGUUCUGUGUGUGCCUGGGUUUUUGUUUUUCUACUAGAUGCAUAUAUGAUGCCCGGUUGGGAAGAAGGGAGGAAGCAAAGAGUGGUGAUGCAUUGUGGAAUGCUUGUAGCUUGUAGUUUGGUUCUGAAAUCUUAGGGGGUUGGCGAUGCUGUUUUGCUGCUUCUCUGCGAUUCUUUGGUUCAUUCCUUGGAUGAAACUGUAGCUUUCUCUGCUCGUGUGGGGUAUUGCCGCGAGAGGUUGUGGCCGGCAUCUCGGCACCCCUGAAAUGACUGAUAUCUGAUUGCCUUCUUAGCUAGUUGUGCUGAUAAAUGUGACUUUGAUUUACAUA